CAGGACCUGCGGGUUGCAGAGGAACUGUGAGAAAACCGAUGAACGCACUUGCUCACCCCACGGGUUACCUGUGACCCCCUCGCGAUGACAAGAGGGCCCAGUGGACGGGGGCCAAGCGCAGGCGGUUCGGAUGAUACCCCAGCCGGCGGCUUGUAGAAGUUCCCGAGGUGAACUCGUGUUUUUUUUGGAUGCUUUUCGUCCGUGUGGAGUUCCGCUGGACUUACCUGCGCCGCGAUCCAUCGGAGAAGCCCGCGUCGCUCACAAGUUCCUCACCAGCUCCGCAGAUCGUGGCUUCACGUCGGUGGUGGCCCUCGGUGCGAGCAUAAUCUGUAACAAGAUCCCCGGUCUGGCCCCCAGACAACGGAUUAUCUGCCAGAGUCGCCCCGAUGCCAUUAUCGUCAUCGGAGAGGGAGCCCAAAUGGGCAUCAACGAGUGUCAGUUUCAGUUCAAAAACGGGCGCUGGAACUGCUCCGCGCUUGGAGAGAGGACGGUCUUCGGAAAAGAGUUGAAAGUGGGUAGCAAAGAGGCUGCGUUCACCUACGCCAUCAUCGCAGCAGGAGUGGCCCACGCCAUCACUGCCGCCUGCACACAGGGAAACCUGAGUGACUGUAGCUGUGACAAGGAGAAACAGGGUUUCUACAGUAAAGACCAUGGCUGGAAGUGGGGAGGCUGCUCGGCAGACGUCAGCUACGGCCUGGGCUUCUCCAAAGUGUUCAUCGAUGCUCGCGAGGUCAAGCAGAAUGCACGGACACUCAUGAACCUCCAUAAUAACGAGGUGGGACGCAAGGUCCUGGAGAAGAACAUGCGACUGGAAUGCAAGUGUCAUGGAGUCUCAGGCUCCUGCACCACCAAAACCUGCUGGACUACACUUCCCAAGUUCCGCGAGCUUGGCUACAUUCUCAAGGAGAAGUAUGCCCACGCGGUGCACGUGGAACCGGUGAAAGCCAGCCGCAACAAGCGCCCUAAAUUCCUCAAGAUCAAGAAGCCUUACUCGUACCGGAAGCCCAUGGAUACAGACCUGGUGUACAUAGACAAGUCGCCCAACUACUGCGAGGCGGACCACGUGACGGGCAGCUUGGGGACGCAGGGCCGGGUGUGCAACAAGACUAUGAUGCAGCACAUCAGCGGCUGUGACUUGAUGUGCUGCGGCCGGGGAUACAACACGCACCAGUACUCCCGCGUCUGGCAGUGCAACUGCAAGUUCCUGUGGUGCUGCUACGUCAAAUGCAACACCUGCAGCGAGAGGACAGAGGUGUACACAUGCAAAUGAGAAUAUUUAUUGGAAGGUGCGUGUGUGUGAGAUGAAAUAUGUGUAUGGGAGCGUGUGUGUUCAUAUCUUUGUGUUGUCUUGGACAAACUGGAACUGUUCAGCUAAACGAGAAGGCUGUUGUCGCAGUCUUUCCGUACAUCAUGAGGCACUACUGUACCGUGCAUACAGUAAGCUGAGGAUGGGGGCGUCGUGAUUGCGUUUGCACACCAAGCUCUUCCCCCCUCUUCCUGGACCGUUGUGUUUGUCGGGGGUGACCGUUCUUGGAACAACUGUACUGUGGCACACGGGACAGGGCGACCACAGUGUGAGUCACGGAGGCGAAAGGUCAAGACUUCAAGCUGCACGGACACGCACUGACAUUUUGACUGCUCGGACUUUGCAGACGAUGCAAAUGAAUUGCGGUGGAUGUGAUUGCUGGGCGGAGCACACUGCUGUAGUUCUCACUCCCUGUGCAUAGGUGAAAUGACACAGCCAUUUGGAAUAUUUAACAUACUGUAUUUAGAGAAUGAAAAUGAUUAAUAUUAAUUUAUUCUAUUAAAGAAACUACUGAUUUUGUCCAUUUUUUUGGACCAAAAGUAACUAAAUGUCGGGAGGUUUUAGUUUAUUAAAGCAAUCAACACGUGGUCCAUGGUUAAUACACUGGAUUUGAACCUGCCUGGAACGACGCGUCGUCUCGUAGGAUAACGUUGUCCCAGACGAAACUGCUGUAGGCUGCUCACACUGACCUUCUGACCUUCUCAUGAGUUUGUCUUCCCUCUGUUUGCUGCUAGUCUAGAGAAUCCCACGUGUUGAGGUAGAAGGCUGUACGCUCUACUGACCGUCUUCAAUGGCAUUGCUCACUUCGAGCUGGUUUAGCUUCACUGGACUUAUUCACUGAUCAAAAAGAUGGGCACAUUUUCCACUUUUGGUAAAUAUUGGUUAAUAGAGUAUAUUUUGUAAAAGCCUAUUUUUAUAUGAAUGUCUUAUUUAUAUCUUUUGCAUAUUCAAUGUCACAUUCUGACCCUGACUACUGUUUUGAAACCCUGGUGAAAAAAAAAAAAGCUGAUAUAUGUAAGUUGGCCCCUGCUGUCACUGCCAUAGUUGUAUAUUGUAAGUGAUAGAAACUGAUUAUAUGUGUCUGUGUUCAAAUGUCUUUGUUUGCUGCAUUUCACGACUACUACUGAUGGAAUACAGGAAGAGAAUAACACUAACAA